AUGGGGAGUGUGGGAGGCCUGUGGCCUUCGAUGCUAGCUCUGCUCUCCUUGCCAGGUUUGAUCCUAGGAGUACCCUCAUCACCCAGAUGUUCCGGAGUCUGCAGUACCAGCGUCCCAGAAAACUUCACUCCUGAGGAAAGCCGGGUAUCUCAGGACAAGGACAUCCCCGCAAUUAACCAAGGGCUCAUCUCAGAGGAGACGCCAGAAAGCAGCUUCCUGGUAGAAGGGGAUAUCAUCCGGCCGAGCCCCUUCCGGUUGUUGUCGGUGACCAACAAUAGGUGGCCCAAGGGUGUUGGUGGCAUGGUGGAGAUUCCCUUCCUGCUCUCCAGCAAGUAUGAUGAACCCAGCCGCCAGGUCAUUAUGGAGGCCUUUGCUGAGUUUGAACGGUUCACAUGCAUCCGGUUUGUUGCCUACCGGGGCCAGAGAGACUUCAUUUCCAUCCUUCCUAUGUCAGGGUGCUUCUCUGGUGUGGGACGCAGUGGGGGGAUGCAGCUGGUGUCCCUGGCACCCACUUGUCUCCAGAAGGGCCGGGGCAUUGUCCUACAUGAGCUUAUGCACGUGCUGGGCUUCUGGCACGAGCACUCACGGGCAGAUCGGGACCGCUACAUCCGGGUCAACUGGAACGAGAUCCUCCCAGGCUUUGAAAUCAACUUCAUCAAGUCUCGGAGUAGCAAUAUGUUAGCACCCUAUGACUACUCGUCAGUGAUGCAUUAUGGAAGGUUUGCCUUCAGCUGGCGUGGGCAGCCCACCAUCAUACCACUCUGGACUUCCAGUGUUCACAUUGGCCAGCGAUGGAACCUGAGCACCUCAGAUGUCACCCGGGUCCGCCGGCUGUAUAACUGUGGCCCCGACUCCCACAGGAGAGGGUUUGAGGCCCACAGUGACGGAAGUAGCCGCACUCCUGCCUCCAUAUCACAUCUACAGAGACUUCUGGAGGCACUGUCAGAAGAAUCCAGAAGCUCUGCCCCCAGUGGCUCCCGCACAGGAGGCCAGGGUGUUCUUGCCAGGCUUGUAGACGGCCAGCAAGGAUGGGAGCAACCUGCUCAGAACACAUUCAGUGUGGGACCCUUGGCUGGACUGCCUCAGACCGGAGCUGCCGCUUCAAGGUCAGGGUCUGGAACAGGUGCAGAUAGCAUUUCUCUAGAGCAGUUCCAGCUAGCCCAAGUGCCCACUGUACCUCCUGCUCCAUUUCCAGAAGCCAGGGACCAGCCAGCACCUGUCCUAGAUGCCUUUGAGAGCCUAGCUCUGCUUCCAGGAGGUUGUACACCUGGAAGUCACUUUAGAGAGGUGUCCAGAGACUGAACCCAUCCACUUCUGUCUCCAAGUGGGGGGAGGGUGUGUCUGCCCAGAGCAGCUAGGUCAUCUAGUCCUUGGUCCCUCUGGGAAUCACUCCUGUAUUCUGUCCCCUGCACUGGCCGCUCCUGGAGGCCCAGGUCACUCCUUAGGGUCUCUUUCCCACCAUACCCCCAUCCCUGCAGAGUUCCUAGGAAUAGGGAGGCCCCAGGGUCGGUCUGUUCUUGACUUGAGCCCCAGCCCUGAAUGAUGCUGGACAUGGAGGCAGGAUCCUGGGAGUGGUGGGCGAGAGCAAGGAUCCAGCCCUGAAGGCCUCUGGGAGUUCUAUAGCUGAGGACUGGUUCCCAGCAUAGACUCAAGUGCUGCC